AGCCUGACAGCAGCAGAGACAUUUCUGAUGUUGUAAACAUUCGGGGGUUUGCCCAAACCUACAGAGGUCCAGAGACACGCUCCACCCAGGCUGAACGAUGGGCCAGACAUCCAGCAAAACGAUAGACAGAGAGACGAUAGAGGUGUCAGCUCUUGGUCGGCCUUUCAGCCUCGGGAUGCUGUACGACUGCCGCCAAGACUCCCUGAUUCCUGGCUUGACACUGUGGGAUCGUGAAGCUCUGGAGAAGGAUGCAUGAGAAAGACCCCAACCCAACAAUGAAUUUGAGAUAGUUGCAUCUGAAUCACUUGAGGACAAAUCUUCAUCAUUAAAUGUUGACGCCUCCCUGAAGGCAAGUUUCUUGGCUGGACUGAUAGAGGUUGAGGGCUCUGCCAAAUACCUAAAUGACAGUAAGAUUUCCAAAAAUCAGGCCAGAGUGACACUCAAAUACAAAACUACAACCAAGUUCCAGGAGCUGUCAAUGAAUCAUCUUGGAAGAGGCAAUGUGAAACAUCAAUACGUUUUUGAAAACGGAAUAGCAACACAUGUCGUCAUAGGGAUUCUUUAUGGGGCACAAGCCUUCUUUGUAUUUGACCGUGAGGUGUCUGAAAAUGAGGAUCAUCAGGACAUUGAAAGCAACCUGAAGGUGAUAAUCAAGAAGAUUCCCUUCCUUGCAACUGAAGGCGAAGGUUCCUUGCAAAUGAGAGACAUGGACAUUGGAAAUAUUCAGAAAUUCUCCUGCAAAUUCCACGGUGACUUUAACCUUCAGAAAAAUCCUGUGUCCUUUCAGGAUGCAAUACAAGUCUACCAAAGUCUUCCAAAAUUACUGGGAGCAAAUGGAGAAAAUGCCGUGCCAGUGAAGGUCUGGCUGAUGCCCCUGAAAAGUUUAGACUCUGCUGCAGCUCAACUUGUCCGUCAGAUAAGUAUUAGAUUAGUAAUGGAGGCACAGAGUGUCCUGGAGGACUUGAGUGAGCUAGAAAUGAGGUGCAAUGAUGCAAUGAAAAACAGCACAACCCAACACUUCCCACAGAUUGGGAAAAAGCUAAAAACCUUUAAAGAAUUGCUCUCUGAGUACAAGCUGGAAUUCCAGAGGACCCUGGCAAAGAAACUUCCAUCAAUCCGGGGAGGAGGGGAAGAGGAGGCUGUGCUUGCAGAGAUGUUGAAAAAGAGACAUUCUUCUCCAUUCAACAACAAAAACCUGAGUGAGUGGAUGAGUUGUAAAGAGAGAGAAAUCAGCACUUUACAAUCAAUCACCAACAUGAUGAAAAACACCAAGAUUGUCACAUCUCGCCAUGUACUAGACAAGGAAAUCAACAGUGCUGAGCAUGCUGUGUGCUUUGCUUUCACCUCACUGGAGGAUGAUGAACCAUACCUCUCAGAUUUAUCAAAGUACUUAAAGGAAACACCCCAACCAGAGAGUCUUCAAGACAUCACAUAUCAGACUUAUGAUGUAGAGAAGGAACAAUGGUACUUUCCACAGGAGGUGAUGGAUGCUGUGAGGCAAAAAGCAAAGCUCUUCAAUGAGUUUGCAUACACCAACAUGGAUAACAAUAUUUGUUUCCUUAUAGCAGGCACAACAAAUGAGAAACAGAGAGGUGCAAGCAUCCACCUUUAUAAAAAAGGCUCUUUGGUCAGUGAGAACUUUGAGCCUCCUUCAAAGCCUGAAAAACCAGCAGUAAGUGACACAACCCACAACAGUUUGACAGUGAAGAUUUCCCCACCAGGAUUCGGAGCAGAAAACAUCACCCACUACUCUGUUGAGUACUGUGUCAGUGGAGAAGAUGACUGGCAGCAAAUGACAGUAUUGAAAGCUGGAGAAGUCACAGUGUCCAGUCUGACUCCUAACACAGAGUACUUGUUCAGAUGCAGAGCAGUGUGCUCAGUUGGAAAAGGACCAGUCAGUAAAGACAGUGGUCCCAUUACAACCUUACCCACUAGUCCUCCUGGAAAACUGCAAGCUGAACCAAAUUCAAAUGAGCUAUUAGUUAGCUGGGAGAAACCUGCUGAGAUUGACAAAGGUGUCACCAUUUUGAGCUACAUUGUAGAGUAUGUAAAAACAGCUCCUGGGGUGAAACAUGAAGAACUUGAAUGGAACGAAAUGAGGUCAAGAGCUGAAAAGGCCAUCAUAUCUGGGCUUAAGCCAGAGACAGAGUACGCUGUCAGGGUCAGAUGCAAUUAUGGUGUAGCUGGUAGAAGCAAGGAAAGCAUCACAGUUAAUGUGCAGACAAAAAAACAAGUGCGCCUCGCAGAAUUCCUCAAACGUACAAGCAAACGUCAAAAUUCUGCAUCACCCUCAGUCUACAAGCUACCUCUGAAGAAAGAAACUAUGGACAUAGAUGGAUGCAGGUGCUACAGUUUUGGCAAAGUAACCUUCAGUCGAAGUCGUACAAUAAUGGUUCUUGGAGCAACUGGAUCAGGAAAGUCAACUCUGAUCAAUGGAAUGAUCAACUACAUUGUUGGUGUAGAGUGGAAUGACAAUUUCAGAUUCAAGUUAAUUGAUGAGGGUCAGUUGAGAUCACAAGCUGAAAGUCAGACCUCUGAAGUCACUGUGUACAAAGUCAACCAUCAAGAGGGAUUUAAUAUCCCAUAUUCGCUGACCAUAGUUGACACUCCCGGUUUUGGGGACACAAGAGGGAUAGAAAGAGACAGGGCGAUCACAGAGCAGAUCCGGAGUCUUUUCACCUCUGCUAAGGGAGUCAGUGAGAUUGACGCUGUGUGUUUUGUGACCCAGGCUUCUCUUCCACGGCUAACACCAACACAAAAAUAUGUGUUUGAUUCAGUGCUGUCCAUUUUUGGUAAAGAUGUGGCAGAAAACAUCCGGAUGCUGGUAACAUUCGCAGAUGGUCAAAGGCCACCGGUCCUUGAAGCAGUUAAUGCCUCUGGAGUCCCAUGCCCUAAAACAGAUGCAGGACUUCCUGUCCACUUCAAAUUCAACAAUUCAGCACUGUUUGCAGACAACACAUCCAUCAAUGACAAAUCAGGUAAUACAGAUUCAGAUGAAGACAUGGAUGAUGAUAACUUUGAUCAAAUGUUUUGGAGCAUGGGUGCCAAAAGCAUGAAAAACUUUUUCACUGCUUUAGAGAAAAUACCAACCAAAAGCUUGCAAAUGACCAAAGAGGUUCUUAAAGAGCGCAAGCAGCUUCAAACAGUCAUUGAAGGUUUGCAGCCACAAGUUAAAGCUGGAUUAGCUAAACUUGAAGAAAUAAAGAUGAUAAAACAGAAACUUCAAGAACAUGAAGCUGCCAUCUCCACAAAUGAAAAUUUUGAGAUUGAAGUUGACAUUAUCAGGCCAGAACAAAUCCAGAUUACAAAAAAAGGAGAGUAUAUCACCAACUGCCAACAGUGUUCAAUAACAUGCCACUACCCCUGUGCAAUUGCAGAUGAUCAGAAAAAGCAUGGCUGUGCAGCCAUGAAAGAUGGCAGGUGUACCGUGUGCCCAGGAAAAUGUGUUUGGACGGUGCAUUUCAACCAGAAGUACAGGUGGGAGUAUGUUAAAGUUAAAGAGAAGCGGACACUGAAAGAUCUGAAGGAGAAGUAUGAACAAGCUACACAAGCAAAGCUGACUGUUCAGGAAAUCAUUGAGAAGCAAGAGGGAGAGAUUGCAAACCUUCAAGAUGUGGUAAUGUCCCUCAUGGAGGAGUCAGCGCACUGCAUUGCUCGGCUCAAAGAGAUCGCCUUGAGGCCCAACCCUCUGACCACUCCAGAAUACAUCGACCUGCUCAUUGAAGGAGAAAAGUCAGAGGCCAAAGAGGGUUACCUGGCCCGAAUUCAGUCUCUGGAGGCAAUGAGAGAAAGAGCAACAAUUAUAUCUAAAGUUUCCAAACAAGGAAAACGUACAAAAACCGAGCAGGAAAUGUAUGGGGGAAAACAGAAGAGGCAAAAAAAGCAAGCUGACUUCCAAGAUUUUUUCAAACAAUAGAGGAGAAAACUCACUUGUGGAUAUUUCUAGUGAAGCCUUGUCAUUAGAUCAGGAGAAGAUCUUCUUAUCUGCCUUAAUAAAACCACUGCAGCUUCUAAUGCUGUGAGCUGCAGACACACACUGUCAUGAUAAUGGACACUCUGAGAGGAAAUCAUGGCUCCAAGGAGCAAAAUUAAUCUUAACAGCUGUCUAGAUGUUGGAAUUAAAACAGUUUUCGUAAUUUGAUGUGAGAAAAUGUUAGGUUUUUUAAUAUUUUAUUAGUAAAUCAUUGAUUUCUCUUAGUAUUUUAGAGUAAUUGUUGUUUUUUCUGUAAUGCAAUUAGGAAUGAAUUCUUAAUAAACAUAAUGGGAACAUCA